AUGCCUUCCACCGCUCUGCGCAUGAAGACCCUCAGGGCCUACGCCAAAUAUGGCCAGAACUACGGCGCCCUCUUCACCCGCGCCUUCUCCCUCACCCCCCGCCGCUACGAGAUCAACAAGAUCUACCCCUCAGCCGCCGAAGCAAUCAAGGACAUGAAGCCCAACUCGACCCUCCUCUGCGGCGGCUUCGGCCUCUGCGGCGUCCCCGACACCCUCAUCAACGAAGUCCACAACCGCCCCGACCUCACCGGCCUCACCGCCGUCUCCAACAAUGCCGGCACCGACACCUCGGGUCUCGGCAAGCUCCUCAAGACGAAGCAAGUCAAAAAGAUGAUCGCCUCGUACAUUGGCGAGAACAAGACGUUUGAAAAGAUGUACCUCACCGGCGAGAUCGAGCUCGAGCUCACACCCCAGGGCACCCUCGCCGAGCGUUGCGCCGCCGGCGGGAAGGGUAUCCCCGCCUUUUACACCCCCGCUGCUUUUGGCACGGUGGUUCAGACGGGUGAGUUGCCUCUGAGGAAUAAACCCGACGGUACACCGGAUGAGUUUUCUUAUCCGAAGGAUGUGAAGGUUUUUAACGGCAAGAGCUACUUGCUUGAGCAUGCGAUUGCGGGUGAUGUUGCUUUUGUCAAGGCGUACAAGGCGGACAGGCUGGGGAACUGCCAGUUUAGGCUGGCGGCUAACAACUUCAACGGGGCGAUGGGGAGGAACGCAAAGAUGACGAUUGUGGAGGCGGAGAAUAUUGUUGAGCCGGGGGAGAUUGCGCCUGAGGCGGUGCAUUUGCCUGGGAUUUAUGUCCAGAGGGUGGUUCAGUCUACUGCGGAGAAGGGGAUUGAGAAGUACACGUGGGCCAAGGACCCCAACGAGGAGGCUGACCCCAAGGCUGCUGCUGCGUUGGGUAGCGGUGAGACGAGGGCGAAGAGGGAGAUGAUUGUUAAGAGAGCUGCCAAGGAGUUCAAGAAUGGCAUGUAUGCCAACCUUGGUAUUGGCAUGCCUAUGCUUGCUCCGGGUUUUGUGGGUGAGGAUGUGGAGGUUAUGCUCCAGAGCGAGAAUGGUAUUCUUGGUCUUGGCCCUUACCCACGAAAGGGCGAGGAGGACGCCGAUCUUAUCAACGCCGGCAAGGAGACUGUCACCCUCCGCCCCGGCGCCUCUGUCUUCGGCUCUGAGGAGUCUUUCGGUAUGAUCAGAGCUGGCCGUAUCAACCUCACCAUUCUUGGUGCUAUGCAGGUCAGCGCCAGCGGUGACCUCGCCAACUGGAUGUUGCCCGGCAAGGUCAAGGGCUUCGGUGGUGCCAUGGACUUGGUUUCCAACCCCGAGAAGACCAAGGUCGUCGUCACCAUGGAGCACACCGACAAGAAGGGCAACCCCAAGAUUGUCAAGCAGUGCGCCUUCCCCUUGACCGGCAAGGCUUGCGUCAGCCGUAUCAUCACUGAGCUUGGUGUCUUCGACGUCGACUUCGCCCACGGCCUCACCCUCAUCGAGAUCGCCCCCGGCGUCACCGUCGAGGAGAUCAAGGCCAAGACCGAGGCACCCUUCCACGUUGCCGAAGACCUCAAGCCCAUGCUCUAA